AUGGCAGGCCAGACGCUCGUCGACGUCGACGAGCAAGAUUCGUCCGCGAUCAAAACGCUGUACACAACAAGCCCAGCUCCCACGAAGACGACAUCGGUGCGCGUCCCUGCCUCGCAACUUCCGUCCCAACAACCCACCAACGGCGAUGCCAACUCCCUCGUAACGAAUCUCUCGCAACGCUACACCAACCCCAGCCUGACCGUCACCCCAACCCACAGCCUCAGCAUUUCCAACACCGCCAUCCCCACCCCCACCCCGACCGAGGUCCUCCUGCACGUCCGCUGCACCGGCAUCUGCGGCUCCGACCUGCACCUCUGGCACUCCGGACGCAUCGGCCCCCUCAGCAUCACGCGGCCCUGCAUCCUAGGCCACGAAGCCGCCGGCGUCGUCCUCGCCGUCGGCUCUGCCGUCACGCACCUGCGAGCCGGCGACCGCGUCGCCAUCGAGCCCGGCGUCCCCUGCCACGACUGCUGGGUCUGCCGUAGCGGGCGCUACAAUCUGUGCGAGAACGUGCGGUUUUGUGGCGUGGGGACCGAGGGGUGUGAGGGGACGGUGAGGCGCUUCAUGUGCCAUGAUGCGCGCUAUUGCCAUGUCAUUCCGGAGGGGAUGGGGUGGCGGACGGCGGCGUUGUUGGAGCCGUUAGCGGUGGUGAUGCAUGCGGUGGGGGAGCUGGAGGGGAAGGUGGCGUUGGGGAGGCCAGUGCUGGUGUGCGGAGCGGGGCCGAUUGGGUUGAUUGCGUUGAAGGCGGCGAGGGCGAGUGGCGCGUGGCCAUUGGCCAUUACGGAUGUGGAUGAGGGGAGGUUGGAGUUUGCGAGGCGGUUCGUGCCUGGCGUGCGCACAAAGAGGUGGGAGAAAAGCCUGAGUGAGGUCGACAAUGCAGAGGAGCUGAGGAGGCUGUUUGGCUGCAGCGGCACGAGAGAUGUUGCGACGGGCGUGCCGGAUCCGGAUGAGUAUCUGGCGCCGCAGGUGGUGCUGGAGUGUACGGGCGUCGAGAGCAGUAUAGUCACGGCAGCGUACUCGUGCCGACGUGGAGGCACGGUCAUGGUCGUCGGCGUGGGUCGGAGUAAGAUGGACAACUUGCCAUUCAUGCACCUGAGCUUGGCCGAGAUUGGAUUGAGAUUCAUCAAUCGAUAUCGAGACAUGUGGCCUGCCGCCAUCAAUGUGCUGGCGGACGGCCGAGUUAUGGACUUGGACGAACUGGUCACGCAUACUUUCCCGCUGGAGAAUGCGGUUGAGGCCAUGAGCACUUGUGCCGAUCGGUCGUCGGGUAGUAUCAAAGUUCAGAUCGUGGAUGACUGCGAGAUUCGACUUUAA